UUUAACUUCCAUCAAACUGUCAAAUAAAUGUCCAAUGUGUUCUGUGUAUAAAAACUUUCGACGACAAUAAAAACAUUUUUAUCUUACAAAUAAAAUUAUUAAUAUUAGAUUUUCUGCGAAAAGAAAACGAUUCUCUUUUAAGGGAAAAAAAUUGUUUAUUUACGGGUAAAGUUUCCUCGACAAAUAGAUACCGAUAUAAGGCGGGGUUAACGACCAUGGGGAACACAAAUUCGAAUCAGAAAAAUCAGGAUCAUAUUUCCGAAAUGAAUAGAAUUAAAAUGGAGCGUUGGAUUCAGAUGCACUAUCAAAUAAAAGAACGCGAACGUGCCCUUGAGAUAUCGAAAUCGCGAGAACUAUUCUAUUGGAUUGGUGCAUUUUACAAUGUGAGCCUGAUUGGAUUGUUUUAUAGAUAUAAAAUCACGAAACGAACAACCAAUCUAAUGGCAAUAGUGCCUUUAACAUUCGUACUUGGUUAUUAUGGAGAUUUGGCUUAUGGUUCGAAAUUGCAUCGGAUUAGAGCUGAAGCUGAUAUGAUAAUGCAAAAUGAAUCAGAAUUGUUGGAGUGGCCGUGUGGUUUACCAACUGUGUCAAGCAUUGAUCAAGCACGAGUUGACAUCGAAAUGGAAAAAAAAUUGCAUCCAUUGUCACCAUAAAAACACCAUUCCGUACCAGCAAAUGAACGUUAACUACAUCAGCGAGACUUUUUAUCUCGAACUGCAAUGUGCAGCGUGUGUGAAUAAUUAAAAUAUUAGGGUUUCUUGACAUCGCUAAUCAUUUUUUUUUAUUGUUUAGAACUUGGGUGUUAUUUGACAUUUUUUUUUUUUUUCAAAAUAACUUUUUCAUCCAUUUGACUCAAAAUAAAUGAAAUUCUAAAAAACACUUGAAUUUCAAUUACGUUACGUUAUCGGCAUCAUUUUUUGACGGGAUGAAUGAGUUCAGCAGCCGUACCAAAGUCGAAUAUUUUUUUUCAAUUAAAAUCCUACAAAUGUAAAA